UACCUACUGCGCAUGUGUGUAACAUGGUGGCACUGCUGCUGUAUCAGCUGGUGGAAGUUGAGUUAUCAUCAUCGUAAAGUUAGUUUUAAUAAGAGACAAUGGGUUGUUAACGCUGGGAUUUUUUUUAUACAAACUCUAAACAGAGAGUACAUCGUGCAGGAACAGAAGGAAUAUCAUGACAGCUAACGAGGAUCAGGAGAUGGAGUUGGAGGCUCUUCGCUCCAUCUAUGAGGGGGAUGAGUGUUUCAAGGAAAUCAGUUCAAUUUCCUUUCAGUUUAGGAUAGGAGACCUUGAGGACACCAAAGCGUUCAUGCUGGACCUCACAUGGCCCGAAAUGUACCCUGAGACGGCCCCACAAAUCUCCCUCGAUGCCUUUUUCAACAACAGAAUCUCUGGAGAGACGAAGAAGCUGAUCCUGUCAAAGCUGGAGGAGCAGGUGGAGGCCAACCUGGGCACUGCUAUGAUGUACACUCUGUUCGAGUGGGCCAAGGAGAACCAGGAGGCCCUCAUGGAGAACCACAAGCCUGUAGUCUCUGCUGUGACGUCCGGUGAUUCGUCUACUGCCUCAACAGGCAAGAAGAAGGAGAAGAAAGAGCAGCUGACUAAAUCUCAGAAGAGGAGGAUCAUCAGCAGAACAGAUGCCAAAGGGGAAUUGCCAAGAGGUUGGAACUGGGUUGACGUUAUCAAACAUAUCAGUAAAACAGGAGGGAAAGAUGACGAGUAGGUUCGGGAGCAGUUAUCUGGUGCCGCUUUGUACGAGGAAAUGCAGUGAAGCCUGAACUCAGCGUGCAGCCUGUUGAUGCUGCUGCUCCCGUCAAGAUGCCUUCACAUCCUUCCAUCUUUGUUCCAGCUAAACUGAGACUUUGAACUGGGAUUUAUUUGAAGCUCCUUGCUGUGUUGUAUGUGUUUGUGGGAAGGAGCCAGAUGAAGAGGAACACCUCAUCCGGUCAGGUUUUUGUUCGUACACAGUCGGCACCCAAAUAUUCUGCUCGGUCAUCCAUCGGUAUGGAGUGUGCUUGAGAUACUUGCUGUCACUGCCAUGUUUCCACUCUGAGGUUAGGCCCAGCUGCCAGGCACUGGAGCUAAACAUGCUGGAUUGUGGUUAUAAAUGGAUGUGUCAAAGCGCCAGAGAAAUUUUAGUAACACACAAAAGGUCACCGUUUUCUUAUUUUGACAAAUGUUUUUUUUGUUUCCCCUCUGAAUUUAAAAAAAUGUUUUGUACAUAAAUAAACCCAAACUUGGUCUA